UUUGACGUGGGGGAACAAACCCAAAUAUCUCAUUUCUCAGAUGAUCAAGGUUCAUCCUCUUGCAGCUGCAGCCGCUGCUGCAGCUGUUCCUUCCUCUUCCUCUUCUUCUUCAUAUGUCACUUCAAGGAGAGAAACUUUCACCGUAUGGAUGAAAUCCCUUGUGAUGCAAGGAAAUGGAUGCACUGUCUAUAAUGAAAACGGUGAGAUUGUUUAUCGAGUUGAUAAUUAUGAUAAAAAAUGCAGCGAUGAGGUUUGCCUCAUGGAUCUUCAAGGCAAAGUUCUCUUCACGAUACUAAGAAAGAAUCAAUGGUUUUUCAAAAGAUGGGUGGGCGAUAGAAGCAAUGAUUUGAAUCUGAAUUCUGAGAAGCUGCAGUUUGAAGUGAGAAAGAACUUCAGAAAUAUUCUUAAAGGAAAUCUAUCCUGUCAAGUCAUCAUUAUCUGUUGUGAUAAUGGCCAAGCAAGCUGCUACACAAUAACAGGCAUGGCCGGUAAAUCAGCUUUUAAAAUAACACAAGGAAACGGAAAACUAGCAGCCGAGGCAAAGAGGAAGCAGUCAUCUUCUGGGGUUCUAUUAGGGGAGGAUGUAUUAACCUUGGAAGUUGAGCAGCAUGUAGAUCAUUCCCUUAUCAUGGCUUUGGUAACUGUUUAUGGACUUAUUCAUCAUAGACUGUGAAUCAGCUUUUGAAAGUUCUUUUCUUCAGAAACGAUUCGGAGGGAAUUUUCAGCAGUUCUCCACCCAAUGUAAGACCCAUUUCUGCCUGCCUGACUUGACUUCACUCCCCAAUAUAGAGUACAAGAGUUGUAUACGGAGGAAAGACCUCCAUAGUUUUCCCCGAGGCCAUGGUUGCAACAUAGAGUAAGCUUGAAAGAUAGUGACCGGCUAGCUUCUUUGCUUCAUUUUCACAUGUGUAUAUAAAGUGUUCUUUAGCUUCCUUGUUGAA